UGCGUUGACUUACAAUUGAGUGUAGACCUCUCCAAUAUGGCGGAAGCACUGACGUCUUGUAAUAGCUAGCACUCGCAACGGCUUCCUGCUUGCAGUGUUGCCGUAGUUACCGGACGCGUGCCUAUUCGGUUUCACUGUAAAACAGAUAUCCGUGUAAAGGACAAAGGGAUUUUUUUUUUAAACGGCUAAAGCGAAACAAGGCCGGUCUAACUGUACAACAGAAACGCCGAGAUGAACUCACAGAGAUUCCUACCAGUCAGUGGUAAGGCUGCAUCGGUCUUUCACUCUGCAUAAUAAAGGGCAAAUCGCCUGCGUGUCAACACCGGAUCUAGGGAGAAACUUUUCCAUGGGCGUCCUCCAGUUUGCUGCUUGUCCAGAAAAGCUGAAAAGACUCACGCAGCCCAGCCAGGAGACGCCAAAUUGUCGUGGAAAUUAGACAACAUUCGCAGACUCGUCCUCUGAAGCAGAUAAACAUUCUGUACUGAUCUAAGUACAUGACAUGGCCUUCUUAGGCGUUAUCCUCUGAUGAACGUGAAACAGAACAAGAACAACACUAUUACAAACAUGAUGCAUAUUGACCAUCCAGCCAACACACUACUGAAACGCAUUAUGGUCCACCGAUCAUCCACCUGUCUCAAACCUUCACCCAAAUCCGUCAGGAGCUCUACAAACUACAUAGAGAGGAUGCCACCAGAGGUCACUGAGAAGAUUAUUUCAUAUUUGGAUGCAGAAUCCCUUUUCUGCCUUGGCUUCGUCAACAAGCAUUUCCAUGAGCUGGCUGAGAACAAUACCAUGUGGUAUCACUUUUACACCUGUCAGCGAGCAAAAACGAAGACAUCCAGGCUAAUAAAGGAUGUGACAGAUGGAGUGGACAUGGCCAGCAUUCAGGAAAAGCCUAAGGGAUACUGGAGGAGAGUUUUCUUUAAAGAACUGGCCAGUCAUAAUGGAAGCUGGAAGAAAAAACUCAAAUCCAUUCAUUCUUACACUGGACUGCCAAUUCGAACAGUUGAAAUUCUCAGGAGUUUGGGUGUCAUGUGGGAGAUCACAGUGAAGGAAGCAAGAGGACAUGAGAACAGAAUUAAACACUCUCACGUGUACUUUGGCCAAGCCUCUCUGACUGUUGGGUGGAGUUCAGGAAACUGGCCAAUUCUGGAUAAACCUACUACACUAGAGCUGCAUGGAGUGAUGCUUGUGCCCAUUAACUGUCCAGUCACAUACAGACCAGGCUGGAGAUCACUCUUAAGAAAAUUUAUUGUGAAGAAGGACGGUGGGAAAUUAUGCAGUUCAGACAGGGUCAUCUCUUUGCUGUACAUUGAGAAAGGUGUAACUGUGGGGGUUUGGCAGAAGCAACAGGAAAUUGCAUUUGUCCUAGUGAACUUACAUUAUCACAGGCUUGUGGAAAGAAAUCUCCUGGGGUCAUCCACCACUCCGUAUGAGUCAACAGACAUGCAAGCCCAUUUUGAUGACAUUGAUCCUGUUUAUGGCUUGCAUGGUUACAGUGUGCACCUUGAGCUGCACAACACAGUAGAAAGCAUUGCAUCAGUCAACUUUUCCCAGCUGUUCUGCAGGAAAGAUCAGAUUGCUGAUGGGUACAUCCCUUUGCAAGUUAUCAGUAAAGACAACAGAUCACGACAAACCCCUCUGUGUGGAAAAACCAGCUUGCCUUGGAGGACUGAAGCACUACAGGGAUGCAUAGAGCAUUGUUGCAUAUUGACUCUCACUGUUCUUGCUGAAGCCCAGACACCAUUCUGGUGUGUUAGUGAUCCUGUAGCUAUUACUAAAUCAAACCAUGAGGAAGUGUCAUAUGACUGUAAAGGAGAGAGCUUCUUUAUGGAAUAUCAGGACUCAGAUGGAAAGCUGGAGAUUGAGCUGGAGUGGAUGGAGGAACAGAAACAGUUUGUCAUGGUUAAUUUAAUCCUUUUUCUUUCGAUUGGCAAAGUAAACAGGCACUUUAGAAGGGAUUAUUGAUACUCCCAUGGACAUUUUACCUUAAUAAUAAUACAUAUAGUGCAUCCGGAAAGUAUUCACAGCGCUUCACUUUUCCCACAUUUUGUUAUGUUUCAGCCUUAUUCCAAAAUGGAUUCAAUUCAUUAUUUUCCUCAAAAUUCUACAAACAAUACCCCAUAAUGACAAUGUGAAAGAAGUUUGUUUGAAAUCUUUGCAAAUUUAUUAAAAAUAAAAAAUAAAAAAAGCACAUAAGUAUUCACAGCCUUUGCUCAAUACUUUGUUGAAGCACCUUUGGCACCAAUUACAGCCUCGAGUCUUUUUGAGAAUGAUGCUACAAGCUUGGCACACCUAUUUUUGGGCAGUUUCUCCCAUUCUUCUUUGCAGGAUCUCUCAAGCUCCAUCAGAUUAGCUGGGGAGCGUCGGUGCACAGCCAUUUUCAGAUCUCUCCAGAGAUGUUCAAUCGGGUUCAAGUCUGUGCUCUGGCUUGACCACUCAAGGACAUUCACAGAGUUGUCCUGUAGCCACUCCUUUGUUAUCUUGGCUGUGUGCUUAGGGUCGUUGUCCUGUUGGAAGAUGGACCUUCGCCCCAGUCUGAGGUCCAGAGCGCUCUGGAGGAGGUUUUCAUAAAGGAUGUCUCUGUACAUUGGUGCAUUCAUCUUUCCCUCGAUCCUGACUAGUCUCCCAGUUCCUGCCGCUGAAAAACAUCCCCACAGCAUGAUGCUGCCACCACCAUGCUUCACUGUAGGGAUGGUAUUGGCCAGGUGAUGACUGGUGCCUGGUUUCCUCCAGACAUGACGCUUGCCAUUCAGGCCAAAGAGUUCAAUCUUUGUUUCACCAGACCAGAGAAUUUUGUUUCUCAUGGUCUGAGAGUCCUCCAGGCGGGCUGUCAUGUGCCUUUUACUGAGGAGUGGCUUCCGUCUGAUUGGUGGAGUGCUGCAGAGAUGGCUGUUCUUCUGAAAGGUUCUCCUCUCUCCACAGAGACACGCUGGAGCUCUGUCAGAGUGACCAUCGGGUUUUUGGUCACCUCCCUGACUAAGGCCCUUCUCCCCCGAUCGCUCAGUUUGGCAUGGCGGCCAGCUCUAGGAAGAGUCCUCCUGGUUCCAAACUUCUUCCAUUUACAGAUGACGGAGGCCACUGUGCUCAUUGGGACUUUCAAUGCUGCAGAAAUGUUUCUGUACCCUUCCCCAGAUCUGUGCCUCGAUACAACCCUAUCUUGGAGGUCUACAGACAAUUCCUUGGACUUCAUGGCUUGGUUUGUGCUCUGACAUGCAUUGUCAACUGUGGGACCUUAUAUAGACAGGUGUGUGCCUUUCCAAAUCAUGUCCAAUCAACUGAAUUUACCACAGGUGGACUCCAGUCAAGUCGUAGAGACAUCUCGAGGAUGAUCAGUGGAAACAGGAUGCACCUGAGCUCAGUUUUGAGUGUCAUGUCAAAGGCUGUGAAUACUUAUGUACAUGUGCUUUUUUUUGUUUUUUAUUUUUAGUAAACUUCUUUCACAUUGUCAUUAUGGUGUAUUGUUUGUAGAAUUUUGAGGAAAAUAAUGAAUUGAAUCCAUUUUGGAAUAAGGCUGUAACAUAACAAAAUGUGGAAAAAGUGAAGCGCUGUGAAUACUUUCCGGAUGCACUGUACACGACACACACACACACACACACACACACACACACACACACACACACACACAACACUGUGUUUGGAACCUUGAUCAUAUUAAAUUUCUUCUGUAUAAACUGUAUAUUGAAAAAAAAAAUAAAGAGCAUAAGUGAUUAA